AUGAAUCAAAUUCCUAUUUUCGCAGGCUUGGGUUCGGAAGCGCUUUUCUCAGAACGAACUCUGGCGACUGCGGCCGAGGACGCUAGAACGCCAGAGGGCCAGAUUAUAUUACGAGCGUGCCAUGGCAUCUUUGUGAAAGAGAUCACCUCCGUCAUCCAGAGCCAGCGUCUACCUUCGGACAUCAACCUGGAAGACUUCGCGGAGCCGGAAAGCCUCAUACGACCUCGGGCGUGUUAUCAACGGAAUAGCAUUAUUCAACAUGUAUCCAUGUACACAAUUCAGCUUCUACGAUAUCUACGACACUCGAAGGAGAAGCCUGGUUUCCUUCUUGGUGUGGCUGGAUUUUGUGCCGGAUUAUUGCCUUGUGCAGCUCUGGCCACGUCCAAGAAUACAAUCGAACUGCUCUCUCGGGGCCAAGAUUUCUUCUACGUAGCUCUGCAUUUAGGCAUCCGGAUUGAAACCUACAGGCAGGUUAUGGUGGCCAAAGAAGGCUGCCCACCAGAUCUGCCCUGGAGUUUGGUCGUUGAUGGGAUUACGCCCCAGCACACCCGAGAGCUGCUUGAAGAACACAAUAGACGGUAUCCUUCUUCUUACGUUUACUUGAGUGCCAUCAACUCCGAUACUUGUGUCACCCUGAGCGGUAGAGGUGAUCAUCUUCGGCAGUUCAGUCAAAGCAGCUUGCCCUCCCAAUGCAAGAUACGGCCAACGACUAUUUUUUCUUUGUAUCAUAACCGUCGUCAGCUCGAGGGAGUCCGAAUGGAUGUCCUUCAAGACCUCCGAAACAACAUGCUCUUAUCCCCAGCACCCUUACAUCUUAUUGUCCCACUGUUUUCUAAUGUUGAUGGGAAGCCGAUCGACUCAGGCCAGCUGGCAACGGUUGAAGAAUUCUGCGAGAAGCUCCUCGAGAUGAUGCUUUUAGAGCCGGCGGACUGGGCAGCGGUUGAGCAUAACAUUCUUGCUACUAUCAAGCAAUCAGCCACCGCUGCGGAUGCUUGUUAUGAAAUUCUGAAUUUCGGUCCUGGAUACGGCAUGUCGGGAGCCAGACAUAACCUCCCAGAUAACGUGAAAAUUGUACCUGCUUCAAUCGUCGAACAACGGCCCUCGCCACAAGACGCUUCCGGGUUGCUGUCACCUGAUGAUAUUGCUAUCGUGGGAAUGGGUGUGGACCUUCCAGGUGCUCCCAAUACCGAUGCUCUUUGGCAAAACUUGGUCGACGGCGUUAAUUCUUGCACUGAGAUUCCGUCUUCAAGGUUCCAUGUGGAGGACUUUUAUCAGAAGGAAGAUGGCCGUACUCUGCGAACGAAGUACGGCAACUUCCUGGAAAACCCAUUCAUAUUCGACAACGAACUGUUUGGUAUUUCCCGUCGAGAAGCCCAGUCAAUGGACCCACAACAACGAGUCAUGCUCCAAACUGCCUACCGAGCACUCGAAGAUGCUGGAUAUGUGCCUGAUUCAACCCCGUCAUUCUCCAGGAAGACGUUCGGUUGUUUUAUUGGAAACGCUACAUUGGACUAUACCGACAAUCUUAGAGACCACAUUGAUGUCUACUACAGCCCCGGAACGUUACGCGCUUUUCAGAGUGGACGGAUAAGCUACGUCUUUAAAUGGAGUGGGCCAUCUAUCACUUUGGAUACGGCUUGUUCCUCAUCGAUGGUAGCCAUUCAUCAAGCAGCACGAGCUAUCCAGGCUGGAGACUGUCGGUCGGCAUUGGUUGGGGGCGUAAAUGUCAUCACUAGUCCUGACAUGUAUCUUGGUCUCGAUCGAGCACAUUUCCUAAGUCCAACUGGCCAAUGCAAGCCAUUUGAUGAUUCAGCAGAUGGCUAUUGCCGGUCUGAAGGCUGUGCGGCUUUCGUGGUUAAGAAACUUGGUGAUGCACUAUCGGAAGGUGACCGAAUUCUCGGGGUUAUUCGAGGCAUUGAGAUUAACCAAAGUGGCAAUGCGCAUUCCAUAACGCAUCCUCAUUCACCAACGCAGGAAGACUUAUUUCAGACGUUACUAAAGAAAACCCAAAUCCAUCCUCAUCAGAUUACUGUGGUGGAAACACAUGGCACGGGCACACAAGCUGGGGACCCAAAUGAGCUUGUUAGUAUUCGCGGUGCAUUGUGCAACGGUCGAGAUCCAGGGAACCUUCUCCAUUUUACCUCUAUCAAAGCCAACAUCGGCCACUGCGAGGCCGCUUCCGGCGGUGCAGCAUUGGCGAAAUUACUUCUGAUGAUGAGGCAUGGGCAAAUACCCCCGCAGAUAUCCCUCAAGACACUCAACCGUAAGAUCAAAGACCUUGGCACGGACGGAUCCGUCAUUGACCGUGACGGUGCUACUUGGCCUCGACCUUCGAGACACCCGCGGCUUGCUCUACUUAACAACUUUGGUGCAGCGGGUUCCAACGGUGCCUUGAUACUGCAAGAGUAUUCCAGUCCCAAAGCUCCCCCUCAACAUGAGGAGCAGUGCGAGGCUCACAGCUAUAUGUUUGGGUUUUCGGCAAGAAGCACCACAAGCCUCCUUGCCUAUAAAGAUGUGCUGCUCUCUUAUCUGGAGGCUCCUUCGGUACCGAGUUCUCUUCGUGAUGUUGCUUAUACCAGCACGGCUCGCCGCCAGAUCCUUGAUUACCGUAUCUCUGUUACCGGUUCGACUAUACAGGAAAUAGUCGAUAACUUGAGAAAUGCAGAGAUUUACAACAUUCGCGAGUCGGCAAAUCCACAGCCACGUGCGGUAUUCGCAUUCUCUGGUCAAGGAUCACAGUACCUAGGAAUGGGCCAUGAGCUUUUAACUGCUUACCCUGAAUUUAAAAAAGUGGUCCUGGACUGCGAACGAUGGUUAUUGAGCAAUGGAUAUCCGGGAUGUCUCGAUGUAAUCGCAUGCAAAGACAACCAAGAACAGCAAUCUCACUCAUCUUCGCUACUACAACAAUCCCUUCAGACAGCAGUCUUUGUCUUGGAGGUAGCACUAGCACGCCUGCUUAUCUCUCUUGGUGUCAUGCCAACUAUCGUGCUCGGUCACAGCCUGGGAGAGUACGCUGCCCUCGUCAUUGCUGGUGUGAUUGAUUUGCAAAGCAGUCUGAAACUGGUAGCCCAUCGAGCAAAACUUAUGAUGGAGCUGUGUCAGCUUGAAACAACGUCAAUGCUCGCGGUUAACCUCGGUGCAGAGACUGUGAGACAGCACAUUGACAACAGCCCAGAAUUUCAAGAUUUGGCUAUAUCUUGUGAUAACAGUCAUUCUGAUUGCGUUGUUGGGGGCCCAAUCGGUCAGCUCCAAUCGCUGAAAGCAAGGCUCAGUACGAUGAAGACGAAGUCGAAAAUCCUCGACGUCCCAAUGGCUUAUCAUACAAACGCAAUGGACCCAAUAUUGGGUCAAUUGACAGAAGUCGCCAAGACACUCGAAAUCUCAUCUCCGAGAAUCCCUGUCCUAUCUAACGUGUUUGGCCGCCUUAUCCAACCUGGCGAAAAAGCUUUCACUUUUGAGUAUUUCGCCAUGCAUUGUCGCCAGACUGUUGCUUUCAACGCAGGCAUUGAUGAGCUCUCCCGUAGUGGAAUGGGGGCUGAAAUCUCCCGAUGGGUAGAAAUCGGACCUCAUUCGUCUUUGCUGCCAAUGGUUAGCACUAGAUUGGAUAGAGACGCUACGGAUCUUCUACCCUCAUUACGAAAAGGAACUCCAGCAUCUACGGCAGUUGCUCGACUCCUAUCCCAUUUUUACCAAACAACUACCGCGUUGAAUUGGCGAAAAGCCUUCGAUGAGCGAGCAACCUUAACCACCCUUCCGGCCAUGCCAUUCUCAGAGCAGGAAUUUGGUAUCUACUAUCCACAUGAAAGUGCUCAGAGAGGCUCGGGUGAGUGUGAUCAAAAUGCUGAUUCUCAAACUGGGUACACCUUCCUGUCCACGAUUGUUCAACGCCCAUCGGAGACGAACAGGGAGGCCAUCUUUGAGACGCCGAUUGCGGUCUUGAAGGAAUAUAUUCUCGGGCACCGUGUCUGUGAAUAUGCUCUCUGUCCUGCAUCAGUAUACCACGAGAUUGUUCUAGCUGCUUCCAAGUGGACGCAGCUCGAUCAAGGUGAAGAAGUCAUCAGGACACUUUCGAACGUGCAAUAUCCGGCACCUUUGCUAUACUCAGAAGACUCUUCUGUAAUCGUUAGGGUUUCCAUAAAGCCUAGCGGUGACCAUAAGGCAGGCUAUUCGUUCACUGUAGCCUCAUAUAACGCAGGUUCGGAUUCGCAGCAACAAAUGAUUCACUGUCAAGGGCAGCUGAAGAUACGGUCUACUGCUCAUGCUGAAAAGUAUGCAAAACUAGUGCCGCUCAUGGAACGGCAAAAGGAACGGUUUCUGCGCAUCGAACAAUCGAACACACAGGUGUUCCUCCGAAAAGCCAUGUACGAAAAGAUUUUCACACGGGUCGUCCAAUAUUCCGAAUUGUAUCAGAUGGUUCAGUCGGUACGCAUCGACCAAGAUGAAGCACUCGCAGUUUGUCGUUUUCCCAAUUCACAAGGAGAUCCAUCGGGGGCGAACACGGUCCUGAUGGACGUCCUCCUUCAUGUUGCUGGUUUCGUCGCCAAUCUCAAUAUUGAGAAUGAUGAAGUCUGCAUCUGCAAGGAGGUCAAAUCUGCUACCAUGACUCGAGGAUUCCCCUUGUCAGAUACGACGUUCGAAGUCUAUUGCAGCAAUCUCGAAAUCGCAGCCACCAAUGUGGUCAUAGCAGACGCAUAUGCUGUGGAUUCACGAGGCGUCAUUGCUGUCUUCAAGGGCAUGGCCUUUCAGCGAGUGAAACUAACGAGAAUGGCUCAAGCUCUCCGGUUGACGGCUGCGAGAUCUGGUCAUUCACAUCAAGCUGUUCCAGUAAAGAGAGCCACAGUGGUAGCUCCGAAACCUCCGGCUCCUGACUCACAGCUUACUGACAUGCCCGUUGACAAGCAACCAGCUAUCAGGGAGAUCAUUGCGAGAACUUGCAAUCUAGAAGCAUCGAACUUAACUGCGGAGACCAGUCUUCACGCCAUCGGUUUUGACUCGCUCAUGAUGAUUGAACUUGCUUCCAACCUGUCCUCUAUGCUUCAUACCCCAAUUGAUAUAUCAGCUCUGGAGGAGUGUGAGACCGUUGAGGACAUCGAGCAGCUGUGCAGCGAUGUGGGCGAAUCAGGACCCACACCCGUGUCGGAAGCAGAGACUGUUGACUCCGUCACUAUGCCAGUAACACCGGCAACGCCGGCAACGCCUUCAGAUAAGCUACUUAUUGCAUCCAUAAUCGCCGAAACAUGUGGUGCCCAUAUUACCUCGGUCAAGCCAGAUGUAGAGCUCGAGGCUCUUGGGAUCGAUUCACUGAUGAUGAUUGAACUGGAGGCCCGUCUGCAAAGUCAAUCGAACCCCAAGAAAGUUUCAUCUUCGGAGCUAUCCGAAUGCAGGACAGUGAGGGAUAUCGAGAGAUUAGCAAAUAUAGAUGAUGCAGGACCAGCCCAACUUGAAGUUGAAAUUUCUCCUCCUUUAUCUCCCCGAAGCCGUGGUGAAAGACAAUCUCCAGUACCAAAAGCCGAAAAGACAGAAGUAUCCGCGCCCAUGAAGAUGAAGAUUGCGGCCAUGCUCAGGUUGCAAGAGCAACCCGAAAUAGUGCAUCUCGCCGAGGACAAGGCUCCUAAAAACGCCCCAUUGUUCCUCAUCCACGACGGCAGCGGCAUCUGUGUUCAAUAUCACCGACUGAGACCCUUCAAUCGCACGGUUUAUGCGAUCCACGACCCCAAAUUUCUGGAUUCAGAUUCCUGGUCAGGAAUUCCUGCCAUGGCACAAUCUUACGCACGACUUAUUGCAAGGACAACUUCCGGCCCUUACAUCCUCGGUGGCUGGUCGUUUGGUGGUGUUGUUGCAUUCGAGGCUGCUAGAGUGCUAAUGGCAGGAGGCUACCCUGUCACUGGUGUAGUUCUUAUUGAUUCACCGCCGCCACUCAAUCACAAGCCGCUCUCUGCGAACAUCAUAGACGCCGUUACAAAAGGCGAUAAAAAUAGAGGUGGCUUGGUCGGUGAAACUAUUCGCAACCUUGUCAGGGAAAGCUUCACAGCCUGCGCGGGUAUGCUUGGAGCUUUCAAACCAGAGGCUGUGACAAGUACUAGUCGACCAAUUCCACGGACUUUCUUGCUCCGAUCAAGGGAUGGCUUUCUUAUAAAUACGAGCAAUGGUAGUCGGGAGGUGGAGAACGCUUGGUUGCAGGAUCGCUCCGAUCCCAGGACUUCCAUUGAGGGAUGGGAGAUUCUUACAAAGGCAAAGAUGCCUUAUAUGGAUAUUCCCGGCGACCAUUUCCAGGUCUUCGACGUUGCGAAUAUACAAGCUGUAUCAAAAGCCGUCGCUCAUGCAUGCAAUGAAUUAACAAGCACCUCUUCAAGUUGA